AUGCUGCGAGGAUGCCCAGGCUCCAUGGAGAGUCCACACGGAGGGGUCCCAGCUGAAACCCAGCAACUACUGCCAGAUACGUUCCCAGAGUGCUUUGCUGAGCAAGCCAGCCCCAGCCCCAGCCCCAGCCCCAGCCCCAGCCCCAGCCUGUCUGGGGUGGCGGAUACCCCGGCUAGGCUGGGGGCUGACUUUCUGCAAAAAAACCACCUUUCUGCCCUGGCACCUUCCAAAGCACCCUGUGCUGCCAGGCCUUCCUCGGUAAAGAAUUCUGGGAAGUUCUCUCCCCUACUAGAGGCCAGGGGCUCUGUCCGCUUUGGCCUUGUAUUCCCAGCGCCGGGACUGCAGAAGGCAGGCGAGCCAUGGGCGCCCGGGGAGAGGAGGUUUCUCAAGGUGUGUGGGCCCCUCGGGCCUGGAAGAGAGGGGCCCGCUGGCCGCCCUCCCGGCCCCCAUUCUGUGCCCCCAGGGAGUUGCGGACGCGGCCCGAGCCAGCCCCGGGCCGGCCGCCAGGUCCCCGCCCUCCGCGGCCUCCCGCCCCGCCCAGCCGCCCGCCCUUCUGGAGGUUUCGUUCCGGCAUCCGGAGCAGCUCCGCAACCGCUGCUUCCGCCUCCGCCAGGUGAGGGUCCUGCGCCGGGGGCGGGGUCUCCGCCAGGUGAGGAUCCUGCGCCAAGUGAGGAUCCUGCGCCAGGUGAGGGGCCUCCGCCAGGUGAGGGUCCUGCGCCAGGGGCGGGGUCUCCGCCAGGUGAGGAUCCUGCGCCAGGUGAGGAUCCUGCGCCAGGUGAGGAUCCUGCGCCAGGUGAGGGACCUCCACCAGGUGAGGAUCCUGCGCCAGGUGUGGCGCCUCCGCCAGGUGAGGGUCCAGGUGGAAGGUGUGCGCCCGGGGCGGGGGCUGCCGGCCCUGCCCGACGCCCCUCCCCGGGUCCUUCCCCUCCCCGUCCCGCGCUCUCCCCGUCUUGCUUCGCAGCCCCAGGGACAACCCAGACCCCGGCUGUCCUCUCUCGCGGCUUUACUUCCGUGCGUCCGAUUCCUCGCCCGCCUUGCUGCUGCCGUCCCCGCCCGGCCUCGGGUCCUCUGCUUUCUCCUCGCUUAAGUAAAGUGGGGGGAGGGAGGGUUCAGGUGCGUGGCAGGGAAGGGCGUCUGUGUGGGAGGCCAAUACCCUGGGCCUAGAGCUUUAUUUAUCAAAG